AUGGCAUCUUCUUCCAACAAUUUUCACUUCCAUUAUGAUGCCAAUAACGAUAGUUUAAACCAAUACUUUCAAGAGCAAUUUAAUAACCAAUUUCAAGCUGUUGAAGAGGAAACUCCUGCCGAAAGGAAACCGCGUACAUACAUCGAUAGAAAACGCGAAGAAGGGCAUGAACGUUUGUGGAACGAUUAUUUUUCUGAUAAUCCGACAUACAAUGCUCACCAAUUCCGCCGACGGUUUCGAAUGAACAAACCAUUGUUCUUGCGUAUUGUGGAUCGUCUCAGUCAAGAAGUUCCAUAUUUUAAGCCAAAAAGGGAUGCAACCUUACGGAAUGGUCUUUCACCGCUACAACAAUGUACUGCAGCAAUUCGACUAUUAGCAUAUGGGGCUGCAACGGACUCGGUUGACGAAUAUAUACGUCUUGCUGAAUGUACUGCUCGUAAAUGUUUGGAACAUUUCGUCGUCGGAAUAGUGGACUUGUUUGGCACUGAAUACCUACGCCGGCCCACACCAGAGGAUCUUGAAAGGCUACUCUUUUAUGGAGAAAAGCAGGGUUUUCCCGGGAUGGUUGGAAGCAUCGACUGUAUGCACUGGAAGUGGAAAAAUUGUCCAACCGCUUGGAAAGGAAUGUAUUUACGAGGCACCGUUUUUAAUGACAUUAUUUACGGUCGAGCUCCCAAAGUUACGUACUAUGUCAACGGAAAUGAGUAUAAUCUGGCUUACUAUCUGACGGAUGAAGAGGAGGCCGAGACUUGUUACUAUCCUCCGGAACCAGCUCCUGCUAUUGGUUUCACGAGUCUCUCUAGCCGUGUAGCUCAACCACUUCCUGCUAAUGAGCCACAACUGAACCAGCUCAAGGACCAAGUGACCCAGCUCAACGACCAAAUGAUCCAUCUCAAGUUACUUGUGGUCCAACUCAAGGCUCAAGUGAUCCAACUCAAGGACCAAGUGAUCCAGCUCAAGGACCAUGUGAUCAAGCUAAAGUAA